GCGAGUUUCUGUCGUGACUUUUCCGGGGGCAACUCGGCGUCCCCUCUUUUUUCCUUUAAAGUAAAACGUGUCCUCGACGCACCCCCGUCCCUGCCGGAAAUCCUCAUUGACGAUUCAGUUUGUUGAAGGCCAGUUUGUUGAUUCCUAUGACCCAACGAUCGAAAACACUUUCACAAAACUGAUCACAGUAAAUGGACAAGAAUAUCAUCUUCAGCUUGUAGACACAGCUGGGCAGGAUGAAUAUUCCAUUUUUCCUCAGACAUACUCCAUAGAUAUUAAUGGCUAUAUUCUUGUGUAUUCUGUUACAUCAAUCAAAAGUUUUGAAGUGAUUAAAGUUAUCCACGGCAAACUGUUGGAUAUGGUGGGGAAAGUGCAGAUACCUAUUAUGUUGGUUGGGAAUAAGAAAGACCUGCAUAUGGAAAGGGUGAUCAGUUAUGAAGAAGGGAAAGCUUUGGCAGAAUCUUGGAAUGCAGCUUUUUUGGAAUCUUCUGCUAAAGAAAACCAGACUGCCGUCGAUGUUUUCAGAAGGAUAAUUUUGGAGGCAGAAAAGAUCGAUGGGGCAGCUUCACAAGGCAAGUCUUCGUGCUCGGUGAUGUGAGCGCGGCGGAGGACACUGGGACAUGUUCUCCCUGGGGAAGCUCACCGCCGACCUCGGAGAGCAGCUCUGCUUCUUCUCUUCUGUUAACCUGAGAGGCAUCAUUUGGGUCAGAGCCCCUCCUCUUUCAGAUUAUGUUCAGCUCUGACUGUCCAAAUGAGUUCACUUCCAUUUUCAAAUUUUAAGCAAUCAUAUUUUCAAUUUAUAUAUUGUAUUUCUUAAUAAUAUUAUGACCAAGAAUUUUACAGGCAUUAAUUUUUCAGUGUCGUUUGUGGUUUAAAAUAAUGUAAUCAUGAAAAUGAUACAUAUUGUUACACUACUAUUAACUAGGCUUCAAUAUAUCAGUGUUUAUUUCAUUGUGUUAAAUGUAUACUUGUAAAUAAAAUAGCUGCAAACCUUGAUCCCUCCUGCUGCUUGCGGUGACUGAGAGGAGGAAGGCCUCUUGCUCUGGAGCCUUCCCUUGGGCCUCAGGGAAGCCGAGGCACCCAGGCGCUCACCCUGUGCAUUGUGGAUGACUCAGCUGAGUGGCCUUGAUCUUGGAGAGCAGCGACUUCUGGCCUUUCGGCAGUGACCAGGACACCGGUGUUGGGAGAGCCCCGGGGCCUUACGUGGUGGAGCACUCCUGUUCCCCUGUGUGUGUUAUGCCAGUUGAAGCAAAGGAGCUGCUACGAGACGUGUUUUGUCCCUCUUCCCACUUAGCUUGAUGUCCACAUCAGGAUAGGGUUUACGAAGUGAUCUGCCUACUGGUCUUACUGGCACAUACCUGUAAUCCCAGCACUUGGGAGGCUGAGGCAGGAGGAUUGCCAUGAGUUCCAGGCCAGCCUGGGCUACAUAACAAGACUGCCUCAAAAAAAAAAAAGUACUGUAGAUUUGCUUGUCUGCCUGUCCUCAUUCGAGAAUGAGUCCUGUAGUUCAGAGGUUCUGAGGGUGAGGAGCGCUCCCAGCAGGUGCUCUGUCAGGGGUCAGCCUUGCCUGCCUUGACUGUGCUUUCUUGUGAGGAGCCGCCUAGCAGGGAACAGGGCACCGGGGAUGUGGGGCACUUGUGUACAGCCCUCACCCUCUCUGUACCCCAGACUUGGGGUUUCCUUUAAGCCGUGUAUUUCGUGUGUACCCCUAGUUAAAAUUUCACAGGCUGGUUGCUUCUGAUAUUAAGCAAAUGCUGCCAUUGUCUUAAAAUAUAAUUCUGUUUUGCAAGUA